AUGAAUAAUCAGGAGAUAUGCCCUAUUAAAUAUAAUUUUAUGGGGUUUCUUUGGAAAUUAUAUACCAGAGGUGAAGAUAAUAGCAAAGACCCUCUCUUUGACUACUUAUAUAAAUUCUGUAUAAAUGAGUACUGUUAUGAUCUUUCUAGAGAAGGAUUUUUGGGUCAAGGUAGCUUUUUUAGGGCUUAUAAAUGUAAGAGUAUACUUUUAGAGUCAGAGGGUAAAGUAUAUUCAAGAACUCUCCGUAUUGGGCUUUUAUCAUGUUUAAAGUCGCAUAGAUCCGUUAUUUAUUAUGGAUCUGGUGAAUAUAUUGUAAUUUCAAUGUAUCAGAGAUUUUUAAUAGAGUGCUUAAUGAUGAGUUUUCUUAAUCAUACGAAUAUAGUUAAUGUAUAUGAAGUAAUAGAAUUACCUAAUUCAAACCAAAUAAUUUCUGUCCAAGAGUAUCUACCAUUUUCAAUAAUGUACUGGGAUGAAGAGACUUGUAGUUAUUCAGCAAAAAGGAAUCAGAAUUUAUUUGUAUAUCCUGAACAUAUUGCUCUUAAGAUUUUUUCUCAAAUAGUUAGCUGUGUAGAAUACCUUCACUGUAACAAUGUUGUACACAAGGAUAUUAAACCUGAUAACAUUUUAGCUAGUGAAUCUCUGGAAGACUAUGCAGUUUACUUGUCAGUUGAUAGUUCUCGAGUGGAUAGUGAUUCAGAUAUUUGUUCCCAAAUAUCUUCCAAUUCAUCUUUUGAAGAUAUUUGCCUUUGGCACGAUGCACCAACAUUUACGAGCCUUAAAUUAGCAAGGGAUUCUUUUCAUGAGUUUUUAAAAAAAAAUUCGAAAGUAUGCUUACUUGAAUAUAUAAGAGAAUCUCUUGAUUGUACCCAAAAUAAUAAAGCAAAUAAGAUACCAAUGUUUAAUACACUUUUAUUGAAUACUGGACCAAGAUUUAAGCCAAAUAAAUUAAAGGCUAAACCUCAAAAGAAUUCAUUUCCUAUAGUUAAGCUAGCAGACUUUAAUUCAGCUGUAGUUGUAGAUCAGAAAUCUUGUAUAUAUGAUUCAGAGGGUACUUUAGUUUUUAUUCCACCUGAAUGUUUUACUUUGAAAUGUCCUGAGGAAGGAGUAAGUGGUUAUAAAAGAGAUAUUUGGUCACUUGGUUGUCUUCUAUAUUGCUUACUAACUGGAAAAUUACCUUAUUAUGGAACAACAUUUCGGGAACUUUUAGAUUCAAUAAGAAGAACUAAAACUAAUCUUAAUUAUAAUAUAGAUGUAACGGAGGAAACGAAGUUAUUAAUACAAAAUAUGUUAAAUCCUAAUCCUAAAGAGAGAUUAUCAAUACAGGAAGUUAAGCGAUUUUUAGAACUUAAAUUAACUGAUUAG